ACAUGACACUCACCCGAUUUGAAGCGUCAAAUGAGAAAGUUAGGGUGAAAUUUUCACGCAUAUAUAAUAUAGAAUACUAGUGUGCAAAUUUUAUAUAAAAUAGAAUGUAUAAAUGCUGGGAAGAAAAAAUAAGAAUAUGGAGAACUUUUAGCUGAAAAUCUCAUACAUAUCGCUUGCAAUUUCAUAUUCGAUGUACAUCACCGUCAUUUACCGCCGCUUCUCUACAAAAACACCGGCAAUCUCACCUCCUCUCCUCCAACUCUUCUCUCCAUCCCUCCGCUCUCUCUCCACAAGUUCCACCCCAAUAAUCUCCACCGUCCAUCAUCUCAACCCCAGCCUCGACCCCGCCAUCGUCCGCUCCAACCUCCAAAUAACCAAACUCAGCCGCGAGGGCAAAAUCUUCGAGGCCCGCCAACUGUUCGACGAAACACCUGACCGAGACCUCAUCACUUGGUCCGCUCUCAUCUCUGGCUACAUCCGAUGCGGCCAUCUCCGAGAAGCCCGCCACCUCUUCGACCGACCCGACGCCAAGAAGAACGUCGUCACGUGGACUGCAUUGCUCUCGGGCUACAUCCGCUCCAACCGGAUACAAGAAGCCGAGGCUCUUUUCUACCAGAUACCCGACAAGAAUGUGGUAACUUAUAAUACCAUGAUCGAAGGUCUUAGUUGUGGGCUAUUUGGAGGAAAAGCUCGCGACUGUGUUCGAUGGAAAAUGCCGCAUGAGAAAUGUGUUUCUUGGAACGCUGGUUUGUCGCAAAAAGGUCGGGUCGAUGAAGCUUAUGAUUUGUUCUGUAAGAUGGGUGAGCGUGAUGUUAUCUCGUGGACCGCGAUGGUGACGGGUUUGGCUCAGAAUGGGAAGAUCGAUCUUGCUCGUGAAGUGUUUGACAAAAUGCCUGAUAGAAAUGUGGUUUCUUGGAAUGCAAUGAUAUCAGGGUAUUCAGCGAAUAAGAGAAUAGAAGAAGCACUUGAGCUUUUUGAGAGAAUGCCUAAGAGAGAUAUUCCUUCGUGGAAUGCAAUAAUUACUGGAUUGAUUCAGAACACCAAAUUGGAUCGAGCGAGGAAAUUGUUCGAUGAGAUGACAGAGAGAAAUGUGGUUACUUGGACUUCAUUGAUCACAGGUUACGUUCAAAAUGGCAAGAAUGAAAUUGCAUUGAAGUUGUUCUUAGAAAUGCUAGCAGAUGGUAUUAAACCAAACGAAGGAACAUUUGUAAAUAUAUUACCCGCCGUUGGAAAUUUAGCUAUUCUACAGGAAGGGCAACUAGUUCAUCAAAUGAUCAUGAAAACUCCUUUCCAAUUCAAACCCUUUAUUGAUGCUUGUCUCAUAAGCAUGUAUUCAAAGUGCGGUGAAAUUGGAAUCGCUAAGGAAGUGUUUAAUUUGUCAAAGCGUAAGGAUUUGGUAUCUUGGAAUGCAAUCAUCGCAGCAUUUUCUCACCAUGGCCGUGCGAAUGAAGCAGUUCAGUGGUUUGAGGAUAUGCAACGAAAAGGGUUCAAGCCAAAUGACGUAACUUACAUAGAGUUGCUUUCAGCUUGUAGCCACUCUGGUUUGGUUGAUGAAGGGCUAAUGUUUUUUAAGUCGAUGGUUAGAGAUGAGUCUGUUCAAAUUAGAGAAGAUCAUUACACUUGCUUGGUUGAUCUCUGUAGUCGUGCUGGUCGGAUUGAAGAAGCUAUGAAUCUCAUCAAAGGACUUAAGAUUAAGCCGCCAGCAUUGGUUUGGGGAGCUCUUCUUGGGGGUUGUAAUAAUCACGGAAAUGUGAAGAUUGCAGAUUUAGCAGCUAAGAGAUUAUUAGAGGCUGAGCCAGACAACGCUGGAACUUACACAUUAUUGUCUAAUGUGUAUGCUUCUGCUGGGAAAUGGGAGGAAGCAAAGAAAAUUAGGUCGACGAUGAGAAGUAGAGGAUUAAAGAAGCAACCGGGAUGUAGUUGGAUCGAAAUUGGCAGCAUGGUUCAUGUGUUUCUUGUUCAGGAUAAAUCACACAGUGAGCGUGAGUUGAUAUAUAGCAUGGUUAGAAAUCUUCAUCAUCAGAUGAGAAUGGCAGAGCAUAUCCCUUCUUUGGAUAAUUGUUCUGUUAAGGAUGCUGAUUUCGUGGUUUUGUAAACAUGACAAUGAUUUACUUGGACUCUCAGGAAAAAAGAAAUUUGAAGAUGGUCAUUGAUGCUCUGAAGACUGAAGAAUUACGAGAUUUUAAUAAUAUUCAGGACUUUGGAAUUGCUCUGGCUUUCCUAGCUAAAACUGAUGGCUGAUAAGGAAUACAAAGGAUGGCGUUGAGAUUGAAUUUGGGGAGAUUUUGUGAUUCAUUCAUUUGUGCCAUUUUGCAGUAUGCUUUGCUCUGUGAAAAGAGGGAGGCAGCUUUGGAGCGACGUGGCCAUAAUUGAGGAGGAGAAGUAGAAGAGGUCGUUAAGGAAUGACACUGUGGCCAAGGAGAUAGAGACCGCAGGUAAAAUGCCUGCAAGAGAUGUGGUUUCUUGAAAUACAAUGAUAUCAAGAUAUUCAGCGAAUAAGAGAGGGGAGGAAGCGCUUGAGCUCUUUGAGAGAAGGCCCAGGAGGGAUAUAUCUUCCUAGACCGCAAUAAUCACUGGAUUGAUUCAGACUGGGAAAUUGGAACAAGCGAGAAAAUUAUUCGAUGAGAUGACAGAAAGAAAUGUGGUUACUUGGACUUCACUAAUGACGGGUUAUGUUUCAAAACGACGAGAAUGAAAUUGCAUUGAAGUUGCUUUUAGAAAUGCUUGCAGAUGGUAUUGGACCCGACGUAGGAACUUUUUGUGAACAUAAUAUUGCCCUUCCAUUGGCAAUCUAGCUGUUCUCCAAGAAGGGCAACAAGUUCAUCAAAUGAUUAUCAAAACCCCUUUUCCAAUUCAAACCGCGUAUCUGUUCCUGUCUCGUAGGCACGUACCCAAAGUGCGGUGGGAUUGGAAUCAAAGCGUAAGGGUUUUCUGUCUUGGAAUGCAAUUAUCGCUCCAUUUGUUCAUCAUGGUCUCGCUUAUGAAGCGGUUCGAUGUUUUGAGGAUAUGGAACAAAAGUGUUUCAAGCCGAAUGAUGUAAACUUAGAUUGCUUUCAGUUUGUAGUCACUCUGGUUUGGUUGGUGAAAGGCUUAUGUUUUGUUUUGUUUUGUUCUUCUUUUGUUCUUGUUUUUUUUAAAAUAAACGAAACAGCCAUAGCUUUCUUA